AAUUAAGUGCUUUAUUUUCCAAACAAAAAGAGUGUGUUGCUUCAGCUAAUAUUAACGUUAGCAGCUGCAUAUUUUGGUGAAACUGUUGUAAUUUGAACUGUAGCCGUGCAUUGCUCUUUCCGUGUUUUGGUGGAGCUGUUGUAUUAUCUAGCUAGCUAGCUAGCUACUGUGCUUUAACGUCGAGCCGUUGUAUUUGUGCUGGCUGUGCCUUUAGUGGAGCGUAUCAUGUCGUAGCACCGCCACCUAGUGGUCUGCAGAUGCUUUAAGAUAUUAAACUGUUGUCGGCACAUUUUUGCUCUUUAUGUUGUUGUUUUUUGUUUCACAACGCCAGUAUACAAGGAAAAAUCACUGAGAAAAUGUUUAGAUCCAUUUUUCAACAAAAGGUCUUUACGAGACCACGGUCUUCAGGAGGUAUGGACUCUUCUUCGAAGAAGUCCAAACAAAGGAGUGAGAGACCUUCGUCUCCUGAAGACCUCAACCCUCCCACCAUCUGGAGGAAGCACGGACGAAGGGGUGAGAGACCUUCGUCUAGUGGAGACACCAACCCUUCUAACAUCGUGAAGGAGCACAGAGAAAGGGGUGAGGGCCCUUUGUCUUGUGCAGAACACAAGCCCUCUACCACCAGGCAGCAAGCAUGGAGGGGUGAGAGCCCUUCAUCGUCAUCUUCUGAAGAUGACCAGCGUUGUACCACCAGGCUGCGAGUACGAAGGUUUGAGAGACCUUCCUCUUCAUCCUCUGAAGACAAGCAGCCUACUACUCGGAGGCGGCAGCAAGCAUGGAGGGGUGAGAGCCCUUCGUCGUCAUCUUCUGAAGAUGACCAGCGUUGUACCACCAGGCUGCUAGUACAAAGGGAUGUGAGCUCUUUGUUCAUCGUGGGCCCCAAUCCUUCUAACAUCACGAAGGAGCACAGGCAAAGGGGUGAGAGCCCUUUGUCUUGUGCAGAAAACCAGCCCCCUACCACCAGGCAGCAAGAACGAAGGUUUGAGAGCCCUUCGUCGUCAUCUUCUAAAGAUGACCAGCGUUCUACCACCAGGCAGCAAGAACAAAAGGAUGUGAGCUCUUUGUUCUUUGUAGGCACAAACAUGAAGGAGCGCAGGCGAAAGGGUGAGAGCCCUUUGUCUUGUGCUGAAAACACACCCUCUACCACCAGUGCAAGAAAGGAGAGGGAGAUCACUGAAAGAGAAAAGCAGCGUUUGGAGGAGGAGGGUUUAAAAAGAGAAAGAGAGAGGUGUGAAAAGAUGAAGAGAAAGAACCAGGAGAAGGAGAGGAAAACGUUUGGUCUGCGUUCAAGAACGUACAUUUGGUGGCUCAAUUGCAAGAUAGACAACAUUGCCAGGGACAUCCAAUCGACCUUUGUGGAUGAGCGCUACCUCCUGCGUCAUGAUCCCCUCAGGAAUCCAGAGAAAAUGGCAGAAAAAGAACGGCUGCUUGACCUAAGGAGGGAGCUGGUCCUGUACAAACGCAGACAAGAAUUUAAGGUGGAGAGGGAAGUGAGGAAGCAAAGACUGAAGGCAAUGGAGCGCAGGCGAAAGGCUGCGAGCCCUUUGUCUUGUGCAGAAAACACACCCUCUACCACCAGGCAGCAAGAACAAAGGGCUGAGAGCCCUUCCUCUUCAUCUUCAGAAGACAGUCAGCCUUCUACUCCAAGCUGGCAGCAAGCACGAAGGGGUGAGAGCCCUUCGUCUUCAUCUUCUGAAGAUGAUGAGCCUUCUACCACAAGGAGGCAGCAACAAGAAAGUCCUUUGUCCUUCGUAGACAUCAACCUUCCUACCACCUUUAGGCAGAAUGGAGGAAUUGGUGAGAACCAUUUGCCCUGCGUUGACAUUGACCAGCCUAUCAUCUGGUGGGAGCACGUACGAAGGGGUGAGAGACCUUUGUUUCGUGGAGAUUUGAACCCUUCAGACACCUUGAGGCAGGACGGACGAAGUGGUGACAGCCCUUCCUCUACAUCUUCGUCUUCUGAAGACGACGAGCCUUCUACCACAAGGAGGCAGCAAGAAAGAAGGGCUAAUAGCCCUUUAUCUAUCAAUCUGAGUGCUAGAAAGGAGUGGGAGUUCAUUGAAAGAGAAAAGCAACAUUUGGAGGAGGAGGGUUUAAAAAGAGAAAGAGAGAGGUGUGAAAAGAUGAAGAGAAAGAACCAGGAGAAGGAGAGGAAAAUGUUCAGUCCGCGUUCAAGAAUGCACAUUUGGUGGCUCAAUCGCAAGAUAGACAACAUUGCCAGGGACAUCCAAUCGACCUUUGUGGAUGAGCGCUACCUCCUGCGUCAUGAUCCCCUCAGAAAUCCAGAGAAAAUGGCAGAAAAAGAACGGCUGCUUGACCGAAGGAGGGAGCUGGUCCUGUACAAACGCAGACAAGAAUUUAAGGUGGAGAGGGAAGUGAGGAAGCAAAGACUGAAGGUAGAGAGGAAGGAAAUAAAUGCGAAGAAGAUGGAGAAUAUCUCUGAGUUAUACAGAAACUCAGAAUACCCAGCUAUGUUAAAUUUUCUCUACGGACCAAUGCCAAUCAGGUCACAUAUAUAUAUCAAUUAAGAUAAAAGUAGAGCAAUCAGAAAAAUGGCACCAAAUAGAGAGAGGUAAUUGAGGGAGACGGCAAACAUUUCAGAUUUGACAAAACAGAAGUAAAGAAAAGUAAAAUAUUCUUUUAAAACAUUAGCAACCACCAUCAAAUAUCCUUGUAACCACAUGAUGUUUGAACACCCUAGAUGUUGGCUUUAAUUUAGUUAUACAGUCAAAGAGCAUUGUGCAAAUAACCGUGUUCUAACUUAAUGCCACUUGACCCAAUCUAAUUCAUCCUAACCUAGCCUAAUUUAACCAAGGUUAGCCCAACACCUAUCCUAAUUUAGCUUUGGUUAGGUUCUGGCAGAGACCUUAGGGUUAGGGUUAGACCCUAAAGACAGUAGAAAGAAGAAAGUAAGGCAAUACUAGGUUGAAAAUCGUAAUAAAAACUUAUAAAAAAAACACAGUAGAAAGAAGGAAGGCAACACUAGCGCGACAAAAGUGAAAAAUUCAAAUAGCCUAAGCGACAAACUUUGAUAAAAGCAGAAUAAAACUUUGAAAAAAGAGACAAACAUUUUUAAGAAGGGCGCCCGGAUACCUCAGUUGGUACAGCGGGCGCCCAUAUAUAGAGGUUUACUCCUCGACGCGGCAGGCCUGGGUUUGACUCAGACCUGCGGCCCUUUGCUGCAUGUCAUUCCCCCCUCUCUCUCUCUUCCCUUUCAAGUCUUCAGCUGUCCUGUAGAUAUAAAGGCUGAAAAUGGCAGAAAAAAAAUAACUUCGAAGAUAAAAAGACAAGACGUAAGGAAGAAAGCCAAGAAUAGGUCAGAAACAGCGAC